AUGUCCGGCCUUGAAGCUCUCGGCAUUGUCAGCAACAUUUUCCAGGUCAUCAGCUUCGCUUGCGAGACUCUUGCCCUCUGCAAAGUGGUGUACCGUGGUCGGUCCCCGGAUGAGUGGCUCGGUAGCUGCGCCAAUUCGCUCACGACACUUUCGGAGGAUAUACAGAAGCACUGUCAAGGGAAACAAGUCCGAGGAUCUACCGAGCAUGACCUGACGUCGCUGGCAGCACAGUGUGGCAUUGCUGCCAGAGCACUCACAGAGGAGGCCGCUUUUCUCACUAGUCAUCACGCCAAGGGCAGCUUAAGAGGAACACUGCAACUGGCCGUCAAGGUCAACUGGCGGAAGAAGCGCCUGGAACGGUUGGAGGGGUGCUUGGGGAGUUAUCAGAAGACAAUCGAGGCUCACUUACUUGGGAGCAUUUGCAAACAAAGCGAUGCCAUUGAGCUUGUUCAGAGGGAGAGGUUUGAGAAGCUUGACCAGCGGUUGCAGUACUUCGUGUCCCAAUAUGCUUCUGGACACACGACACUGUCCGAGCUUCUAGAGGCAGAGAACUGCUCCACCAGAGCCCAUAUAGCCAGAGACACAUCGAGAACCGGGAAGGCAGUUCAGUCGCAUAUCACGUCGGAAGUCAACGCAAGCCGAGUUUCAAUCAUCGGCCAUGUAGACCAAAAGAUGGAGCAGACCACUCGCCAGAUCACCAAUGACAUGGAACGACUGAACACCGAGGUAAUCACCCAGGCUCAACGAGACCGGUUGUUAGCGAGUCUCAAAUUCCCGGCUAUAAAUGAGCGUCGCAACCAAAUCGUCGAAUGCCAAGAAGGGACAUUUAGAUGGGUUCUUGGGCAACGGUCUGUGACCCCUGACAGCGAUAAUGACACUAAAAGCGGGAGCGACAACAGCGACAGCAACAGCGACAGCGACGGCGGAAAAAAAACUAGAUCUUUCAUGAGCACCGAUGUUGCCGAUGAUGAAGAUCUCUAG